AGCAGCAGCAGCGAUGCCUCUCAGCCUCACGCAGGAGUAUUUUCAGAUCCCCGUGGUGACCCGAGCGUACACGACCGCCUGCGUCCUCACCACCGCUGCUGUGCAACUUGAGGUCAUCAGCCCCUUUCAGCUCUACUUUAACCUGGACCUCAUCAUCAGAAGAUACCAGAUAUGGCGUCUGAUAACCAGCUUCCUCUUCUUCGGUUCUCUUGGAUUCAGCUUCGUGUUCAACAUCAUCUUUCUUUAUCGAUACUGUCGGAUGCUGGAGGAAGGCUGUUUCCGGGGGAGGACGGCGGAUUUUGUUUUCAUGUUCCUGUUUGGAGGAAUCGUAAUGACUCUGUUCGGUCUGUUCGCCAACGUCUUCUUCUUGGGCCAGGCCUUCAUCAUCAUGCUGGUGUACGUGUGGAGUAGAAGACAUCCGCUGGUUCGCAUGAACUUCUUCGGCCUCCUGAACUUCCGGGCUCCGUUCCUCCCCUGGGUGCUCGCCGGGUUCUCGCUGCUGCUCGGGAACUCCGUCGUGGUCGACCUCCUAGGUAUCUGUGUCGGUCACAUGUACUACUUCCUGGAAGACGUGUUUCCAAACCAGCCGGGAGGAAGGAAGCUGCUGAGGACACCAGAACUUCUACGGGUCUUGUUCGACCGGCCCGAGGACCCAGACUACCGUCUCCUCCAAGAAGACGAGCAGCAGGACGACGAGCCGCACCACUAAAACACACAAGAACCCCCCCUAAACAUCUGGAUGAUUCAGAGGAAACAGAAAGAGACGUAAGAGGAUGUGGAUCCCCGAGUCUCUGCAGAGGACAGUCGAGACGUUUAAGGACCGAACUGCAAGUCAAGAAUCACGAAUAUUCAAUGACGGCGUUUGACUGGAAACAUCUUCAAACUCUUUUCUGGUGACCAGAUGAAUAAACUUGGUGUUUGUACGUCUCUUAUAAAGAACUCACUGCCCUUCCUGUUGUGUCACUGCAGAACUGCCGACCGGCCUGAAUUCCCAUCAGCCCGUCUGCACACGCUGCACUUUCACCCGCUGCCUUUGUGGGUCAAACACUGGCGGACAAAAUGGAAACUGCUUAGCACAACAACACGUCUCUCUCUGUGGUGUUGGCCCAGAUAACACAACACUUCAUCAUCAUGACAACACAGCACUGAUGAUGCAUGUUAGAAUUUACAGUGAAGAUCAUUGUGGGUCAGAACAGGAACGUCUCAGAUACAAAGUGGCCUUUAAAUCAACUAUUAGUUCACAAAAAGAAGCAGAAACGUUUAAAGUAAACAUCUAAUUGUGCUGAUCAAAUAUUGAAAAUUAAACCGUGAAAGUGGUCUCGGUAAACUUAGUUUUUUCUACAGAAAAACGGACCAGUUCAUCACAUUAUUAAGAUAUUAUUGUAUAUAUUGUGAGGCUGCGUUUAGGCACAACGGUGCCUUUUAGCUGAAUGCUAACAGAGGCAUGCUAACAUGCUCACUGAUGGUAAGCAGGUCCAAUGUUUACCGUUAGCUUAGCAUGUUAGCAUGCUAACAUUUGAGGCGGAUGGGAUCGUCGUCAUGAACCAAAGUAUUGGACAAAAGAAUGAUUGGACGAGACGGUGGCGCUAAAGGGUAAAAAAAAAGUCAGGAUCAGCAAAGUCAUCAGAAGUGAUCCUCUGAGGAGCAUGAGACAUAAAGACGUUUUAUCAACAUGAACAUCAACUUUCCACACCGUCCACUCAUUUACAUAAAACAAUGACCGAGUGGCGUUUCAUCUCAACAGCAGCCUCAGGAGAACCGAGAUAUUUAUAUCUGACACUUUAAACUAUCAGCUCGUUAAACUAUUAAUCCGCUUCAGAGAUUUCUAAAUUGCAUCCUAAAUAAGCAGAAACAUUAUUCAAAAACAUUUCUAAAUGAUGCACAAUAGACAAUAGACUCCAGCUUUUUCACUUUUUUUUUUAAUUUUGUAAGAAUUAUUAAAAUGUACAAAAAGACAACAAAUACAACAUAACAAUAUAUAUUAUCUGAGACUGGCUGCGUGGUCGUUCUUCUCCCUCUGUGGUCAGUAAAGAGAGUCAGUGGUCAAAGUGAGCGGCUCCUCCACGCCGAGGGGGAACACGAGGGCUUUCUACAGAACACAAUAUUAACAUUAACGAUAGAAAAAAUAAAGGAAACAACGCGGUUCGAACGGCCGAGCGAGAAGCCGGUCGAGCGGAGGAAAAAGAAGAUCCGGCGCGCGGUGGAGGGACAUCUCUCGCGUGUUGCUGACGGCGCUCAUACCUCAAAUAGACGAGCAGCGCUCCUGUCGGGGCGCCGACGCGGCGUCUUCUACCACGCAGGAGCCGUGUUCGCCAGCCGCCUCAUCCGCCUGAGGAGAGACAGGAAACACAUCAACGACGUCAGUAGCUAUUCAAAACCUACAGCUACGACUCACGACCUCAUCUUUAUUAACUUAUGGUGGGAUAUUUAAAAAGAGGCUUUCACAAGUUUAAGGCUGCAAACAACGCUCAUUUAACCCGUCGUUCAUUUUAAUCAAGCAAUCAAUUUAGUCUUUAAAAUACCAGAACAUUUAGAAAAAUGCUCCUUUACGUUUCGCAGAGCUGUAAGUCACAUGCUCUUUGUUUCGUCUAAAACAUGAAGAUGCUCAAUUUAUUUUCAAAUAAAAAAAUGUAAAACGGUCAAAAGCUGCAAAAUUUCAACAUUUCAGAAGCUGAAAUAAUCUGUUUUUGUAAUUUCUGCUGAUUACUGACUUUAAGAAUUAAACAAAGCACUGCUUACAGUCCAAAACCCAAAUAUAUUCAGCUUACAGUUGAUGAAUGACUUAAUUGGCUGAUCAAUUAUUAGGAUUGUGUUUGUUGUAGAGUCCUAGAAAGAAUCACGUACUUUGACUCUAAAUAAGAAGAAUAGUGAAUUCAUCAGCAACUAGUUGAUCACUGAUUUAUCAUUUGGGUCAUUCCUCUGAAAACAUGCCUCUUAAAUAUAUAUAUAUAUCUCCGUUUUCCUUUUUUUUUUCAAUGACAGUAAAGUGAAUUAGGACAAACUAAUAUUUUAACAAUUAUACAUUUUGUAGAUCUUGUUUUGUCAGAGAAAAUCUAGAAAUCUCCAGAUUUGAGAGGC